UACUUUACGUCAAAGAUCCCUUUCCCUUGUACAGUCUGUUUACACUCCCCUGUCUAAAAUCUCUGACUGAAGUGGCUGCGGUGUCUGGACAAAAGAUCCAAAAUGUCCAAAAUAAAGCACAUUGUUUGGCCUCAGGUCAUUCUUUUUGGAGACUCUAUUACACAAUUUUCAUUCCAAACAAACGGAUGGGGCUCUGAAAUCGCAGAUAAACUUGCCAGGAAAUGUGACGUGGUGAACAGAGGUUUGUCAGGUUACAACACAAGAUGGGCCAAGAUUGUGCUUCCUCGCGUCAUACCCUCGGCAGUGUCACACAUCGCAGCUGUUACUGUCUUUUUUGGAGCCAACGACUGCGCUUUAGAAGAUAAGAACCCACAACAGCAUAUCCCCUUACAGCAAUACGCUGAGAAUCUGAAGGAGAUUGCCCAGUAUUUGGCUUCUGUAGGCGUGCCUGAAGACAAAGUCAUUUUCAUCACCCCACCUCCUCUCAAUGAAGCUGACUGGGAGAAACAGUGUGUCCUGAAAGGUUGCGCUCUGAAUCGUACUAACGCUGUUGCUGGACAGUAUGCACAGGCCUGUGUGAGGUCCGCCAGUCAGUGUGGAGCUGAUGUACUUGACCUUUGGACCCUAAUGCAGAAAGAUGGCCAGGACUUCUCGGUCUACCUCUCUGACGGCCUGCACCUCUCGGACAAGGGGAAUCAGUUUGUAGCACAACACCUGUGGAGACUCCUGGAGAGUCGUGUCAGUCAACUGCCUCUCAUCCUGCCUUACUGGGGGGACGUGGACCCCCAAAGCCCAGAGAGCAGUCUGCUGUGCUAAUGCCCGUAAGGGAGACUCCGCUACCACUGAGGGGCAGCACUAGCACCUAGCGUUUCCUGGCAAGGUAGCUGAAUGAGGAUGACUGGCAAACUUUAUGAAGCGACCGCCGUUUGUCUUGACAGUGAAUUAUGUGUUAUGUUAUGGAUGUUUUAAGUAGAGCAGAUAAAAAAAGUGUACAGCAGUCCUGCUGAGUAGGACAAGGUGUUUAAAUAAAUGUUUUUGCAAAUGUG